GGUAAAUUUCUGCUAUAGUCAGCUAUAGUCAUUGCAGACAAGGCGAUCUCGUCUGUGUUUUUACCUUGACCGUCGCCUUGUCUAACAAUAAGGGACGUUCACCCCUUCCAAUCUGUUGGGUCGAUAAGAAUUAAAGGUGAUGAAUCAGGAAUAAAACGAAUAACAAAUGACUUGUGAGGAAAAAACACCAUUAAUGCCAACAAUUGAUUGUUUGCAUCGCAGUUACUUCCUUAAUGAUGAACGGCUUAUGUGUCUAGACUGUUCUACUGUAACAGAAGAUGGUGUACCAAUUCGAAAAUUAUUUAUUAGUAAUUUAGCAGAAAGGACCACAUAUAAAGAUUUAACUAAAUUGUUUUCUAAAUAUGGAUAUGUGGAGCGUUGCUAUUUACGAAGAAAUGGAGUAAAAAGUAACUAUGGGUUUGUUACCUUUGAUAGUGUUGAAUCAGCUGUAAGAGCUAGACGCAGAGACAUAGUACUGCACAACAGAUAUUUGAGAAUUGUACCAGCUGAUCCUUGGCAUCAACCAGAUAGUAUAGAAAAUCAGUAUUAUAAUAAGGAUUGGCAAAAAUCUGAAAAGAACCAAUCCGUUGAACAAUGCACUCAAGAUUUUGUACAAAGCGAUGUUACAGAUACUAGUAUCCAAAUAUUAAAUGACGACUGUUUGACACAUAUUUUUCUUCAAUUACCAAUUGUUGACAGAAUUAGGAUAGAAAGAGUGUGUAAAAGAUGGAGAGCAAUAAGCCAAGAAUCGUGGCGCAAUGUAAAAAAGCUCGAUGUCUCGUAUGGAGCACAGUGGUGCUCUUGGACUAUGAAACCGAUAAUCACUACAAAUAUUCUUCGCAAAAUAUUGUUACGAUGCGGGCGAUUUUUACAUGAAAUAGAUUUAAAUCAAGUAGCUGGUUCGUUAGAUCAAAGUACAGUGACCAUUGUCGCGAAAUUAUGUCCCAAUUUACAAAGAAUCAAUCUUAAUGGUCUUGGUGUUUCGGCAGCUGGUAUAAAUUCGUUAACAAAUAAUUGUCAUAAUAUUACAAAAUUUAGUCUAGGGUAUACCAGUUCCAUUUGCGAUAGAGACUUACAAAAGUUAUUUCAAGUAAAUCCAAAACUACGGUAUUUUGAAGUACACUACAGUAACAUAUGUGGAAAAUGUUUACUACAUUUACCAUUGAAAGCAAUUGAAGAAAUUGUUUUAAGACAUUGUUGUUGCCUUCAAGAAAACUAUUUAUCUCAGGCAGUCGAACAAUUACACAAUUUGAAAAGUCUUACGAUAUGCGAUUGUUUCUACAUAACUGAUAAAGUCAUCAAUGCAAUUGGUACAUACUGUACAAGUUUAAAAACAUUGGAACUUUGCAAUAUUUCGUUCGUAAUACAACCAAACGCUAUGUUACCCAUUACACAAUUAACUAAUCUUGAAGUUUUAAAAAUCAACAACAACAAAGUCGUUACAGACGAGUUGAUUUGCAAUUUGGCAUCGAAAUGUCAAAAGAUAACUUAUAUAGAUGUUACCGAAUGUCACUGUGUCACAAAUAUUGGCGUGACCGCUAUAGCAACCUUACCAAAUUUAGAAACAUUGAUAUUGAAUUACAUGAUUCAACUAACUGACAUUAGUAUGCGGGAUACGUGGAAUUUAAAAAGAUUAAAAUGUCGUGCAUGUGCUUUUACAGAUAAAAUGUUCACUGAGCUUAUUGCAUCUGCACCUCGAUUACAAUUAUUGGAUUUGUCAGGGUGCCGCGGUGUCACGAAUAUUACAUUAAAAAAAGCUGCUGCAGUUACUCUUAAUCGAACUAACAAUAUAAUAUUGAAAAUAUUUGUUGGAGGAACUGCUGUGAACAUUGAAGAGUUUAACGAAGUUUCGCCGCUUUUGCAUAUAGUUAAUGUAAAUUUUCGAAAAUGUUUCGCUACUUCGAACUUCAAGCUUUUUUAGUAUUAUUUUCAAACGGAAAUAUUAGAUUUAUCUAGUUACCACAAUAAAACAAAUGUUAAUAUUAAGAAGAAUUGUAGUAGCUAAUAAUACGAUUAACAUUCGCCAAUUACUAUUAUUAGUAUUAUCAUUUACUAAAGCCUUGUGCAUCUCUUGAUUUUUUUUCUAAAUAUAACCUCCUUUAUACAACAAACUAAAAAAAAAAACAUUGUAAUACAAAUACCUUAUUUUGAUAUUUGAUAUAAAAAUAACAAGAAACAUAGUGACAAAAAUGCGCAAUAUUUUCUGAGACAUCCUAGUAGUCACAAUACUUUGUACACGUUUGUAUUACAAUAAAACACAUAAUAUAUAAAA